AUGCCCUUACAGGCUGCUCUGGUGAAAGAACCUGUUGUAUCUGUGAACCGUGUGAUAUGGAGCCCUGACGGUUCAUUGUUCGGAGUUGCUUACUCGAGACAUAUUGUACAACUGUACUCUUAUCAUGGUGGUGAAGACAUGAGGCAACACCUUGAGAUUGAUGCUCAUGUUGGUGGUGUGAAUGAUAUUUCCUUCUCGACUCCAAACAAGCAACUGUGUGUAAUAACCUGUGGUGAUGACAAAACCAUCAAGGUCUGGGACGCUGCAACUGGUGUCAAAAGACAUACUUUUGAAGGCCAUGAAGCUCCUGUUUACUCUGUCUGUCCUCACUACAAGGAAAACAUUCAGUUCAUAUUCUCAACAGCUCUCGAUGGAAAAAUCAAGGCAUGGUUGUAUGACAACAUGGGUUCUAGAGUAGACUAUGAUGCACCGGGUCGCUGGUGUACUACAAUGGCUUAUAGUGCAGAUGGAACUAGGCUGUUCUCUUGUGGAACGAGUAAAGAUGGAGAGUCUUACAUAGUUGAGUGGAAUGAAAGUGAAGGAGCUGUUAAAAGAACUUAUCAAGGAUUCCACAAGCGUUCUCUCGGUGUUGUGCAGUUUGAUACAACUAAAAACCGUUAUCUAGCUGCUGGUGAUGACUUCUCCAUCAAGUUCUGGGAUAUGGACAAUGUACAGCUUUUAACUGCCAUUGAUGGCGAUGGAGGUCUCCAGGCAAGCCCGCGUAUCCGGUUUAACAAGGAAGGCUCUCUCUUGGCCGUGUCUGGAAACGAGAAUGUGAUCAAGGUUAUGGCAAACUCAGAUGGUUUAAGACUGUUACACACUUUUGAGAACAUUUCAUCUGAACCCUCCAAGCCUGCUAUAAGCAGCCUUGCAGCAGCAGCUGCUGCAGCUACGAGUACUGGAGUCACAGAUCGAUCAACCAAUGUAGUUUCCAUCCAAGGAAUGAAUGGAGAUUCGAGGAACAUGGUGGAUGUGAAGCCAGUGAUUACAGAAGAACCAAAUGAUAAGUCUAAGAUAUGGAAGCUUACUGAAGUCAGCGAGCCUUCUCAAUGCAGGUCACUGAGACUCCCUGAGAAUCUGAGAGUUGCUAAGAUAUCAAGAUUGAUUUUCACGAACUCAGGAAACGCUAUCUUGGCCUUGGCAUCAAACGCUAUUCAUCUUCUAUGGAAAUGGCAGCGGAAUGACCGCAACGCAACUGGAAAGGCGACAGCUUCUUUACCACCUCAGCAAUGGCAACCAGCAAGUGGAAUCCUCAUGACUAACGACGCUGCUGAAAACAAUCCAGAGGAAGCUGUACCUUGUUUUGCUUUAUCCAAGAAUGAUUCAUAUGUAAUGUCAGCCUCUGGAGGAAAGAUCUCCUUGUUUAACAUGAUGACGUUUAAGACGAUGGCUACGUUCAUGCCACCACCACCUGCUGCAACGUUUCUUGCUUUCCACCCUCAAGACAACAAUAUCAUUGCUAUUGGAAUGGAUGAUAGUACGAUUCAGAUUUAUAACGUCCGUGUUGAUGAGGUGAAGAGUAAGCUUAAAGGUCAUUCAAAGAGAAUAACUGGUCUUGCCUUCUCCAAUGUGUUGAAUGUGCUGGUUUCGUCUGGAGCAGAUGCUCAGCUUUGUGUUUGGAACACAGAUGGAUGGGAGAAGCAAAGAAGCAAGGUUCUGCCACUUCCACAGGGAAGACCAAACACUGCACCUUCAGACACGCGUGUUCAGUUCCACCAAGAUCAAGCUCACUUCCUCGUGGUGCACGAGACACAGCUUGCUAUUUAUGAAACAACCAAGCUCGAAUGCAUGAAACAGUGGCCAGUGAGAGAAUCAUCAGCUCCUAUCACUCAUGCCACGUUCUCAUGUGAUAGCCAACUGGUCUAUGCAAGUUUUAUGGAUGCAACGAUCUGUGUAUUUAGCUCUGCAAAUCUGCGACUGCGUUGCCGAGUCAACCCUUCUGCUUAUCUACCAGCUAGUCUCAGUAACUCGAACGUACAUCCACUGGUGAUUGCUGCACAUCCGCAAGAACCAAACAUGUUUGCGGUUGGACUCUCAGACGGAGGAGUUCAUAUAUUCGAACCGGUUGAGUCUGAAGGUAAAUGGGGAGUGGCUCCACCUGCUGAGAACGGAUCAGCGAGCAACGCAGCAGCUGCACCAGCUGCUGGAGCCUCUGCCUCUGAUCAGCCACAGAGAUGA